UAAGAUUAGCGAGUCACAGAGCCGCAUUCUCAUUCACGGCUGGGGGUUCGGGACUCCAUGAGGAAGUGCUCGGAGAUGUCCGCUCUGCAACCCGUAAUCUGAUCCGAGCGCAGCAUUAUCAGGGGAGUUGCGGAGACAGCCAGCCAGCCAUCAGAGAGCUCAGGUGCCGCUACAAGCCAGGCCAGUGUGUGGAUGGUAGGUUUGCCAGUAUGGCCCUAGCAGUGUCACUGAGGCUCAUCUGUACAGCCCUGUUGUUUCAAGCAUUGCCUUCAGACUGUGUACAAGAACUCCAUGCGAAUCAGGAGACCAUUGUGAAGAUUAAUACUGCCGGACUGUUGAUGCAGUGCUCUGCUGCUGUGGAUGUGCUCUUCCUACUGGAUGGCUCCUACAGCAUUGGCAAAGGCAGCUUUGAGAGAUCCAAGCACUUUGCAUUCAAGCUUUGUGAUGCCCUGGAUAUCAAUCCAGAAAGGGUGCGAGUAGGAGUUCUUCAAUACAGCUCAACACCCAGGCUUGAGUUCUCCUUGAAUUCCUACCCAACUAAAGACGAAGUGAAGGAGCGAAUAAAGAAAAUUUCAUUCAAGGGCGGCAGCACACAGACUGGUCAGGUUCUGAAGUACAUCCUUCGGAAAGGAUUCCCAGGUGGAAGAAAGACCACGGUGCCUCGGAUUCUCAUUGUUCUCACAGACGGAAAAUCCCAGGGAACUGUGCAGCCUGCCAGCCAGCUGAAAGAGGAAGGCAUCACAAUAUUCGCUGUGGGGAUCAAGUAUCCCAGGUGGGAUGAGUUGCAUACGUUGGCCAGCCUGCCCACAGAGCAGCACGUUCUGUUUGCUGAACAUUUCAACGAUGCAGUCAACGGCCUCUACACCACCCUCACAUCUGCCACUGUCUGCACUGCAGUCCCUUCAGGCUGCAAAGUUGUAUCUAGAACCUGCGAACGUAAAACCUUGGAGACAGCGAAAGAAUUUAAGGGGACCUUCAUGUGCUGGAAAGGAUCCAAGGCAAGCAUUGCGUCUCACGCAACAUUAUGCCCCUAUUACAGUUCGACUAGAGUGUACAGAAAACAUCAAUCCACAUGCUACAGAACUAUAUGCCCAGAUCCGUGCGAUUCCCAGCCCUGCCGCAACGGAGGCACCUGUAUCCCAGACGGAUUAGAAAAGUACCGCUGUGUCUGUCCCGUGGGCUUAGGUGGAGACCCCAACUGUGCUCCGAAGCUGAGUCUGGACUGCAGUGUGGAUCUUCUCUUCUUGGUGGAGGGCUCUUCCAACGUCAGCCUGGAGGGGUUCCUCCGAUACAAGUCCUUCGUGAGGCGAUUUGUACAGGCAGUCCUUACUCCAGAUUCCCCGGUUAACGUGGGCUUGGCUCAGUUCAGCGACGAUGUGAGGAUGGAACUGAAAAUCGGGGAGUACAGAGAUAUUCCUGAGCUGCUUCAGUCCAUCGACGGCAUGAGAUACAGGGGAGGGGGCACCAGGACCGGGAAAGCCCUGAGCUACGUCACGCAGUUCGGGUUCAAGAGCACCCCCGUGUUCGCUGACGUCCAGGAUGACCUGCCCAGGGUUGUGGUUCUGAUGACGGAUUCCAGGUCCAAAGACUCUGUGACCGAGCCUGCCAAGUACACCAGGGACAAGGAGAUCUUUAUCAUUGGGGUGGGUGGAGAAUUCCUGCAGGAGGAUCUUAAUGAGAUAACAGGAAAUCCACAGCGAACCAUAACUUACUCCAGCCCACAGGAUCUCCUCAGCAGGAUCCCAGAACUGAGAUCCAAAAUAUGUAGCAUGGAUAGCCAAGGGUGCCUUGCUCAGUCUCUGGAUCUUGUGUUUGCCCUGGAUGCCUCGGAUGGUGUUGGGAAUGAGAACUUUUAUCGGCUGCGGGAUUUCGUACGGAGCACCUCGGUUCAGUUCGACAUCAACCGCGACGUGACUCAGAUCGGGCUGGUUACCUACGGCAGGGAGCUGAGCACUGUGUUCGCCCUGGACACCUACGACUCUGGCACCAGCGUCGUGCAGGCCAUCAACCAGGUGCCCUACAUCGGGGGCAGGGCCUCCACCGGCAGCGCUCUGCUCCACAUCCACGACAACGUCAUGACGGUGCAGAAGGGAGCCAGGCCUGGAGUCAACAAGGCCGUGGUGGUGAUCACUGACGGGGCUGGGGGCGACGACGCAGCCGUCCCAUCUCAGAGAAUCCGCAACAACGGCAUCUCUGUGUUUGUGGUCGGGAUAGGGGAUGCUCAGAGAGAUGCCCUGCUCAAGAUCGCCGGCUCUGAGGACCACAUGAUCCCGGUCGCUUCCUAUGAAGACCUGAAAUAUUUUGAAGAUGUUCUUGUGCAGAAAGUGUGUGAAGAGGCCAAGAAAGCAGUGAAUCUGUGCAGACCGAGUCCGUGUAUGAAUGAUGGGAUCUGCGUACUGAGGAAUGGGAGCUAUCGCUGUGAGUGUCGAGGCUGGGAGGGACCGCACUGUGAAAACAGAAGCACAAGACCUCCGAUCAGAGGGGAUCUCCCUGGACCCGCAGGCUUACGAAUAAACAACAGCAGGCAACAGAAGCACAAUGCACUUCAUCAGCGCGUGAGAGUGUGGCAGAGGAGAUGACACGCGGGUCACAAGCACUGAGACCGUGCACUGCGGGAGAAAGGACUCUGUACUUACCUGGUACAAGCUCACCUCAUGGGAGAGGCUACGGUAAUUCAGGCAGUCCGCAGGUAAGGAGGACAGUCUUAUGACACUGAAGUCUGAAGUUCUAUCAAGACAACUGAUGAGCUUCAAUGGAAAAUAGUGUUUAUUGAAAAAAAAAAAAAAAAAAAAAAAAAACUUACGUGAUGUGUUAGAAUUUAUCACAGCUUGAUGUCAUAUUUAUUUCAACUGUGUUGUUAAUAUGGGUUAUAUUUUUAAAAAACCUAACAUCUUAUUAUACCCUAUUGAAUUAGAUGUUUUAAAUAUAACCUCAGCCUUGAGCUUCAUUUCUUUUUACAUUGUAUCGUGUUUAUAUUGUGUAUAUAUAUAAAAAAAACAAAAAACCCCAUUCCUUCCCAGUAUUCAAUUCAUUGUAAAUGUGGUUUAAACAUUUCUGUUUCUUAAUCUUGUUGGAAUACUAUUUAUAACUAAGCAAGAUAUCAGAAAUCAGGCAUUAAGCUUUGCCAGCUACCCACCUUUUACUGCAGCUGCUUUUGACCUGAAAUGUGUAGCCUGUGAAACAUCACUAGCAGGUCAUCCGAAUGUAAAAUUCAUUAGCAGCCCAGCCGAAAGUAAAAAUCAUUAGCAGCCCAGCCGAAAGUAAAAAUCAUUAGCAGCCCAGCCGAAAGUAAAAAUCAUUAGCAGCCCAGCCGAAAGUAAAAAUCAUUAGCAGCCCAGCCGAAAGUAAAAAUCAUUAGCAGCCCAGCCGAAAGUAAAAAUCAUUAACAGCCCAGCCGAAAGUAAAAAUCAUUAGCAGCCCAGCUGAAUGUAAAAGUCAGUAGCAGCCCAGCCGAAAGUAAAAAUCAUUAGCAGCCCAGCCGAAAGUAAAAGUCAGUAGCAGCCCAGCCGAAUGUAAAAGUCAGUAGCAGCCCAGCCGAAUUAUGAGAAUUGAGAUGAAUUCCCCUGCCUUGGCUG